AUGUCCGGCCGAGGCAAACAGGGCGGUAAGGCGCGCGCGAAAGCGAAGUCGCGCUCUUCGCGCGCGGGCUUGCAGUUUCCUGUGGGCCGAGUGCAUCGACUGCUCCGCAAAGGUAACUACUCUGAGCGUGUGGGUGCUGGCGCGCCUGUCUAUCUGGCAGCCGUGUUGGAGUACCUGACGGCUGAGAUCCUAGAGCUGGCGGGCAACGCGGCGCGCGACAACAAGAAGACGCGUAUUAUCCCACGCCAUCUGCAGCUAGCCAUCCGUAACGAUGAAGAGCUCAACAAGCUGCUGGGUCGCGUGACCAUCGCGCAGGGCGGUGUCCUGCCCAACAUCCAGGCCGUGCUGCUGCCCAAGAAAACGGAGAGCCACCACAAGGCCAAGGGCAAGUGAGGCGGCGGAGGCGGGCCGGAAACGGUCGUGCUCCCCAGGGGCUCCCUGACACCAAAGGCUCUUUUCAGAGCCACCCACAGUGUCUGGAAAAGAGCCGUACUGGCCAAGGGCGCGUUUCGCAGCGCGUUUCUGUGCGAAUCUGAGCAAGGCUGGGCUUGCGGGAAAUCGAACCAGAGACAUGAUUUGGGUGCUCAUAGGGGCUCAGUGGGCGCUGUGUUCGUUUGCAGCAGGGAAUGACAUUUUCUAUUGAAUCUCACCCCCAAGGUCAUGGAGUUUUAAUCCCACUCAUCCUUAAGACUUUGUUAUCGGUGACAAGCUACUUUUGACUGC